CAUGCUCUGCUCAGGUGGCAGCAGUGGCUUCUCGGUGCUGUCUCGGCCAUGACACACAUCUAAUAUGCCCUCCCUUAAACCACUUGUAGACUGUCUGUCUUGCCCUGCAGCAUGGACCAAAGAGAGAUUCUGCAGAAGUUCCUGGAUGAGGCCCAAAACAAGAAAAGUAACAAAGAGGAGUUUGCCAAUGAAUUUCUGACGCUGAAAAAACUAUCCACCAAGUAUAAGGCAGAUAAAACCUAUCCCACAACUGAGGCUGAGAGGCCCAAGAAUAUCAAGAAAAACAGAUAUAAGGAUAUCUUGCCCUAUGACCACAGUCGAGUAGAGCUGUCCAUGAUAACCUCUGAUGAGGAUUCCAGCUACAUCAAUGCCAACUUCAUUAAGGGAGUUUUGGGACCCAAGGCUUAUAUUGCCACCCAGGGACCUUUGCCUACAACUGUCCUGGACUUCUGGCGGAUGAUUUGGGAAUACAGCGUCCUGAUCAUUGUUAUGGCAUGCAUGGAGUUUGAAAUGGGGAAGAAAAAAUGUGAGCGCUACUGGGCUGAGCCAGGAGAAAUGCAACUGCAACUUGGCCCUUUCUCCAUAUCCUGUGAAGCUGAAAAUAAAAAAUCUGAUUAUACAGUCAGGACUCUACAAGUCAAAUUCAAUUGUGAAACUCGAACCAUCUACCAGUUCCAUUACAAGAAUUGGCCAGACCAUGAUGUGCCUUCAUCUAUAGACCCUAUUCUUGAGCUCAUCUGGGAUGUGCGUUGUUACCAAGAGGAUAACAGUGUUCCCAUAUGCAUUCACUGCAGUGCUGGUUGUGGAAGAACUGGUGUUAUCUGUGCUAUUGAUUAUACGUGGAUGUUACUAAAAGAUGGGAUAAUUCCUGAGAACUUCAGUGUUUUUAGUUUGAUCCAGGAAAUGCGAACACAGAGGCCUUCAUUAGUUCAAACUCAGGAACAGUAUGAACUGGUCUACAAUGCUGUAUUAGAACUAUUUAAGAGACAGAUGGAUGUUAUCAGGGAUGAACACUCCGGAACAGAGAUUCAAGCAAAGUAUUCAGUUUCUAAGCAAAAUCCCAAUCCAGAAGCAGAUUCUUAUUCUCCUAAUUUACCAAAAAGCAUCGUAAAAGAAGCAAAAGUGAUGAACCAGCAGAGCAAAGGAAGGAUAAGGGUGAAAAGUGCAGAAGUUUCUUCCUUUGACCUCAGGAUUUUUGAAAUAAAUGAAAAGGAAGGGUUAGUAAUGCACCCUUCUCAACAGAGCAGUUCUUUAGAGUUUUUGGAGCUAAAUUGUGGUUGUAACAAAAAUGCUGACACAACCAUGAAAUGGGAGAGAAAGGUAUUCCCAAUAGCUGGGGAGCCUCUUCAGAAGCAUCAAAGUUUGGACUUGAGCUCCAUUUUGUUUGGAGCACGUCCUAACUCUAAACCUGUAAAUGCAGCAGGAAGAUGUUUUAAUUUAAAGAGGCCAAUAAUGCGGACCAAAUCAACUCCCUUUGAAUUGAUGCAACAGAGAGACACCAAAGAGUUGGACGUCGAGGAAGAUUUUUAUUUGGAAUCUCACCCACACAAUUCUUGUCUUGAGCAGGCUCAAAAAGUGAUGCAUGUUUCUUCAGCAGAACUGAAUUAUUCACCAUCAUAUGACUCUAAGCAUCAAAUGUGCAAUGCCUCUAAAGCAAAGCAGCAUGACUCUGGUGCUUUUAAAGUACUUUCUUACAUGUCUUUAGUAGAAGAUCCUUAUUUUUCAUCAUUGUCUCCAAGUAGUGCUGGUUCUAAGAUGUCUCUUGAUUCACCUGAGAAGCAAGAUAAAACUGUUUUACCUUGUUCUUCACUGCCAAAAUCUUCUACAACCCUCUUUCCUUAUUACAAUUCACAUGAUUCUUCAGCACUGAAUCCUCCGACCAAUUUCCUCCCCGCACUGAACCAGGAGACAGCAGUAGUAGCAACUUCUCCAAGAAUAGAUGAUGAAAUUCCCCCUCCACUUCCUGAACGGACACCUGAAUCUUUUAUUGUGGUAGAGGAAACUGGAGAAUUCCCCCUGGAUAUUCCCAACUCUUUAACUUCAGCUGUGAAGAGUGUAAAACCCCAGAGUCCCAAAUCAGAUAGACACCAAGAUCCUUCUUCUUCCCUGCCACCUCCACUGCCAGAAAGAACCUUAGAGUCCUUCCUUGUUGCUGAUGAAGAUUGUGUGCAGACUCAACCUAUAGAGACUUAUUCUACUAGCUGUCCUAACACCAUGGAAAAUUCAACAUCUUCAAAACAGACAUUGAAGACUCCUGGAAAAUGUUUCACAAGGAGUAAGAGUUUGAAAAUUUUGCGAAACAUGAAAAAGAGUAUCUGUAAUUCUUCCCCAUCAAACAAUCCUGCAGACUCUGUUCGGUCAAAUAACUCCAGCUCCUUUUUGAAUUUUGGUUUUGCAAAUCGUUUUUCAAAACCCAAAGGACCAAGGAACCCACCAUCAACUUGGAAUAUUUAACACAACUUUGGAAAAUCAGCUGCAAGUGAAUCUGCAAAUGAAACUACUAGAAUACUGCUAGCUAGAAUAAGUGCUGUAUAUUCAUAAUAUCUACCAUGAAAAUAUGGUAAUGUGCUAAUAGCAUUUAAAAGCAAUAUGCAAAUAAAUGUCAGAAGUUUUACAUUUUCAUCUCAUUUACACUGGGUUGGAAAGCACAAAUAGGAGUUUGUCAUUUAAGCUAUGUAUAGAGAAUGCUGUAUGAGAAAGUUUUACAAUGGACUUAUUUUUCAUUUUUGGAAGUUAUUUUUAGUCUACUUUACUUUCCUACAUAAAUAUAAACUUUAAAAGAUUUGUAAAAAUUGGAUCUCAAUUAAAUGUCUAUAUUGUCAGAAGUUACCAUAAAAAAUGUUUUGAAAAAUCUUACCUUGUGGUUACAGUACAAAAUUAUUGCUUGUGACAAUGAUUAUUCCCUGGGAAUUAUUUUUGCCUAAACGGAGAUACAUCUUUCCAAGUGUUGUGGGAAACAAGAGUAGUAAGAAAAAGAAGUUAUAUUUAAAGAGAAUACAAUAUAUAUGUAAUGACAGGGCUUCCCUGGUGGUGCAGUGGUUGAGAGUCCGCCUGCCGAUGCAGGGGACACGGGUUCGUGCCCCGGUCCAGGAAGAUCCCACAUGCCGCGGAGCGGCUGGGCCCGUGAGCCAUGGCCGCUGAGCCUGCGCGUCCGGAGCCUGUGCUCCACAACGGGAGAGGCCCCAGCAGUGAGAAGGCCGCAUACCGCCAAAAAAAUAAAUAAAUAAAAAUAAAAUAAUAAAUAUAUGUAAUGACAGUAAUCAGUUUUUCGUUUGGAUAUACCAAAUAACAAGAUAUUCAAGCACAUUCUUGACAAGCUUUAGCCAAUAUUAUUCAUUUACCAAAUCUAGAAGAAUAAUCAACAAAGUAGCUAUCUUUUGGUGGCAUUUUUUUUUAUUUCAA